AUGGGUAACCAGGUGGUGAUCGCGAAGGCGGCGGCGGGCGUGGCGUCGGACUACUGGGUGCACGACCUGCCGCGCGGCGUGGUGCUCAAGGACGUGCUGGCGCCGGGCCGCUUCCUGAAGACGCUCGACUGUUUCCACCACGAGGGCCGCGUCAUCGUCAAAGUCUUCCUCAAACGCGCCGACCUCGCGCUCCCGCUGCAGGCCAGUCAUCCCCGCUGCCACUUCCGCGCGUACGAGCAGCAGCUGAAGGUCAUUCGCCACCGCCUCUCAGGCAUCCACAAGUCGCACGUCUGGCCCUUCCAGAAGUGGUACGAGACGGAGCGAGCGGCGUAUGUGCUGAGGCAGUACCUCUUCAGCACGCUGCACGACCGCCUCGGCACGCGCCCCUUCCUCGGCCUCACCUUCAAGAACUGGAUCGCCUUCCAGAUCCUCAAGGCGUUGGACCAGGCGCACUCACGGGGGGUCUGCCAUGGCGAUUUGAAGGCGGACAACGUGUGUGUGACGGCGUGGAACUGGGUGUUUGUGGUGGACUGGGCGCCCUUCAAGCCCGUCCUCGUGCCCAAAGACAACCCCGCCAUCUUCUCCUUCUUCUUCGACACCGCCCCCUCCGGCCGCCGCCGCUGCUGCAUCGCCCCUGAGCGGUUUGUGUCGGCGAGUGAGUGGAGGCAGAGGCAGAGUGAGGGGGAGGGCGGGGUGGGGGGAGCACAGCUACAGCCCGCCAUGGACAUUUUCUCCGCGGGGUGUGUGAUAGCGGAGAUGUUUUUAGACGGCGAUGUGCUCUUCGACCUCUCCUCGCUGCUCGCCUAUGUGCACGGCUCCUACGACCCGCUCCCUCUCAUCCACCGGAUCCCGUGCCCAUCAGUGCGAGCCCUGGUGGCGCACAUGGUACAGAGGGACCCCUCACAGCGCCUGCCAGCAGCGGCGUACCUCACGGCGUUCAGCGACCCCCAUGGCGGCGCGCUCUUCCCCCAGCCCGCCUUUGACGCCCUGCACGACCACCUCUUCUGCCACCUGCCCUCCAUGGACGCUGAUGGCCGGAUCGCCCUCACCCGCCAGCUCUACCCGCGCCUGUCUCGCAUCAUCGCCUCCUCGCUGCAGGGGGGUGGGGAGGGGGAUGCCGACGGGAAGGGAGAAGAGGAGGGGACGGGGGAGAAGGGUAGUGCUGGGGAGGCAGAGCGGGGGGAGAGUGGAGUGUGGGGAAAGGGGGGUGGGGAGCAGGGGGGUGAGCAGGAGGUGGCAGUGGAAGGGGGCGUGGAGGGGAGUGGUGAACUCAGGGGGGAUGAGGGGGCCGGUCGUUCUGAGCAGGUGCCAAGCAGUGCGAGGGAGAAAGACAAUGGGAGCCAGCAGCGCAGCAGCAGCACUGGGUGUGAUGUUGGCGCAGUCGACAGCACAGGUGGUGAUGGCAUGGGCACAGGCAUCAUACCUGGCACUCAGAUAGGCGAGGGAGCUGGGAGAGCUGAGAGUGCUGAGGGUGCUACCAAACCUGGGAGAGGCAGCACAGGCGCACGGGGUAGUGCGAGUGAGAGCACAGGGGGCGGUGUGGGCAACAGCGGCAGCACCAUGGUGCUGCUGGUGGGGCUGCUCACGGCCUGUCUGCGCAACGCUCGCCUGCCGCACUCACGGCGCCACUGCCUGCUGCUGCUGCACGCGGCGGCGCACCACUGCUCGCACGCGGUGUGUCUGCAGGCCGUGGCGCCCUUCCUGGUGGCCGUGCUGGCCCCGGACGGCCUCACCGCCACGCCUCUGCACGCCCUCGACACGCUCCUCCCCGGCGGUGCUGCCAGCCCGCCUCUCGUGCGCUGCACCGCGCUCACCGUGCUCACGCGCCUGCUGGAGCGCGUGCGCUCGUUCCCCUCCACGGACGCGCGCUUCUUCCCCGAGUACCUCUUCCCCUCGCUCUCUCUGCUCCCCCGCUCGCCCGAUGAGAGUGUGCGCGCCACGCUCGCUCUCUGCCUGCCCUCCCUUGCUGCCUCUGCGCUGCGCUUCCUGCUGCUCGCCGCGGGGGCCACACGCACCACUGGGGGAAGUGAAGGGGAGUCCGGGCAGGGGGCAAGUGAGGGAGAAAGAAAAGGCAGCAGUACUGCAUGGAAGGAGUGGGGUGGUGGAGAGACCGAUGGCGACGUCCACCAGCAACGUCCGGCCUGCGGCGUGCUGGCAACGUCCGGCCUGCCGCCGUCCCAACGAGUCAGCAGCGGCGCCACGCUCACCUCGCUCAAGGCGUUGGCAGCAGCAGCGGAGGGGCUCCCAGAGCAGCACAUGGGAGAGGUAGCGGAGGUGAGGGAGGCGGUGCGAGUGGCGGUGGAGGAGCUCUCCACGCUGCCCCGCAGCACCCCGCCCAUCCGCCUCUCCCUCCUGCACCACGCGCCCUCCCUCGCUGUCUUCCUCGGUCCCCCCCUCGCCACCACCGCGCUGCUCCCCCUGCUCAUCACCUUCCUCAACGACCCCUCCCCCCGCGUGCGCUCUGCCUUCUUCCACACGCUGCCCGCGCUCUGCCCCCAUGUGGCCCCCUCCGCACUGCCCGCCUUCCUCCUGCCCUGCCUUGAGCAAGCCCUGGGGGACACCUCGCAUUCCUCUGUGCCUGCCGCUGCUGCCGCGUGCCUGGCCCAGCUCGCGCGCUCCCAGCGCCUGCAGCAGCGGCGGUGGCUGCUGUCAGCAGCACGGCAUGCAGCGCCGCUGCUCAGGCACCCCGAGGGGGACGUGAGGGGCGCUGCUGUGGCGUUUGCAGCGGCUGCUGCGAGUCAGCUGUCGGCUGUUGACGCCCACGCGCUGCUGCUGCCGCUGCUCUCCCCCUCCCUGCGCUACCGCCCCGCGCUGCUCACCUCCCCCGCCUCCCUUGCUGCUGCGCUCAAGGCGCCCCUGUCAGCCCACCCUGCUGUCCCGCCCCACCCACCCCUUCCAGCCGGAGCAGGUGUGGCGUCAUGGCACAUGAGUGCAGGGCAAGCAGCGCCCGACCUCCGCGUGCCGCAUGUGCUCUCACCUGCUGCUGCACGCGAAACAGAGGCUGGCCGUGCUACUGCUGCAGGUGCGGGUGUGAGUGCGGAUGAGCAUGGCAGCAAGAGAGGAGUCGGUGCAAGGGGCGGCGAGGAAGAGCAAGGUGCAGACAUGGGAGCAGUGGGCCGGGGGGAAGGAGGCGCAGCAGACAUGCAAGGGAAGCGGUUGGUGGGGCAGGAGGAGGGGAGGGACGUGGCGAUGGGAGGGCAGGCGGCAAGUGGGCGAGCAGCAGCAGCACAGCACGUGGCCUUGUCGACACUCGCACACUCCCUCUCCAUGCAAUAUGCUGUGCCCCCCACACAGGGAGCAGCAGCAGCAGCGCCAUACCCGGCCAUGGCUGCCGCGCUUGCCAGCAUGCGCACAGACACGGGGCAGCCCUGGCCGCCCCUCCCCUCCACUGCUCCAUGGCCUGCCACCUCCCACUGGCCUGCUUCCACCGCUCCCUGGCCCUCCACACCCCUCCACACUCCCCUGCUUGCCUCUGCAUCCCACUCUCUCCUCGUCCCCCCUCUCCCCCCUCUCCACCCCUCCAUCUCCCCCCUCCACCCUGUUCGAUUCCCAUCCCCUCACCCCGCGUCCUCCCCCCUUUCGCUCUCCUUGUCCUUCCACCGCCCCCCUCCUCCCCUCACCACCCACCCGCCCUCCUCUCUCACCUCCUCCACCACUCGCCAACCACUUUCCUCACACUCUCUCGCUCCCAUCCACCUCCCCCUUGCUCCCUCUCUCCCGUCUCUCCCCUCUCCCUCGUCGCACGCCUCGCCCCACUCCCCAUCGGCCUCCUUCUCUCUCGCCCCUGCCACCCCACACGCACAGUCGCACCCAGCCUUGGAUCUGCCAGCCCUCGCUGUGCCUCUCUACUCACUCGCCCACCCCGCCUCCGCGCCGCCCACUGCAGCCUCCACCUCCGCGCUUCCCUCCACCACCCUCUCUCCGCCCUCACUGCCUCGCCCCCCUUCAGCACUCUCACCCUCUGCCUCACCCACUGCCACUCUUGCCGCUGCUGCUGCCACUGCGGCUGAUGCAGCCUGUGCGGGCGGCACAGGGCGAGCCACGCUAGACGCGCUGGCAGCCGCACAAGCUGCCAGUGCUGCUGCUGCUGCCGCACUGCCUGCGCGUGCCUCACCAUCUGUUCCUGCUGCCGCCACCAGCGUCUCGUCUUCCUGCUCGCAUGCCACAUCUCUGCCUGCUCAAGCACCCAGCACUCCCGUUGUGGGGGCAUGCGAGCAGUCCCCUGUUGCUCCUGCUGCGCGCUCCACUCACCCACAUGCCACUCACGCACCUGCCACUCACCCACCUGCACCUCACCUCUCAUCGCCCACUGAUCUCCCAUUCGCCUUUGACUCGCUUGACGACCUCCCCUCUCCCUCCCCCACCUCCGCCGCUCUCCCCACCUCCCACUCUCCGUCCCACCCGUCCCUGCCACCACCCACCACUCCAUAUUCCUCCACCACACCCACCAGCACCCCAACUCCACUCCCACCCUCUAACGCCCUCCCUCCUCACACAGCCCCUCUCCUCCCCCACACACUGCGCGGCCCCCCUCCCGCCCCUGCGCCCCCCGCGCCGGUGUCGCACUCACUAGUGUUCCUGGGCACCACACAGCCCCACACACGCAUCUCCUCCCUCUCCCUCUCCCUCCGCUCCUCCCGCCGCCCCCCCUCCUCCUCCGCCCUCCCUCCCACCACCUCCCCGGCUCCGCAUACCCUCCCCCCUGCCAUGCCUGCUGCCGGACCUGCCAGCAUGCGUGCAGCAGAGGCUGGGCAGGGAGGCAGAGCAGAGGAAGAGGUGAACAGACGUGGGUCUGCGGCAGGCAGGGAGGGUCACACGGCGCCACUGGAGAGGCCGAGGGCGUUAGCUGGUGGUGAUGCUGCAUGCGAGGUGCCAGCGCGUGCAGCAAGUCACGCUCAAUCAUCCGUGGCUGAUCGCAGUGCCGCCCAUGUUAAUGCCACGUCAUCUGCCACGUCUGCAUCUCCACAUCUCGUGGAACCAGGCGGGGUGCGUGCGGGGACAACGGGACAUGCACAGCUGCCAGCAGCAGCACAGUUAGCACCGCCAUCAGCAGCGGGUCAAGCAGCAGGCGCAGAGGCAGAGGAGAGCAGGGAGCGAAGAGCAGCAGCAGUGAGCUCAGAGGUGCAGAGGCUUCUGGGGUGGGGCAGUGCGGACGACGGUGCCGCCAUGGCGCUGCCCCCCGCCUCGCCCUCGCCCCUCUCCACCACAGCAGCAGCAGCAGCAUGGCGGCCGCGCGGGGUGCUGGUGGCGCAGCUGCACGAGCACCACGCCGCCGUGCCAGCGCUGGCAGUGGCGCCCAACAGCCAGUGGUUCGCGACGGCCUCACAUGACGGCACCGUCAAGGUGUGGGACGCCACUCGCCUCGACCGUGGCACCGCCUUCCGCUCCAAACUCACCUACGCGCCUCAGGCAGGGGGGACGGGAGGGGCAGGCGGAGGGGGAGGUGGAGUGGGGGGUGGGGCAGGGCGGGCGACGGCAGUGGCAGUGAUGGGGGACAGUGCGAGGGCAGCGGUGGGGUACGCCAGUGGGGAGGUGCAUGUGGUGCACGUGGACUAUGCGCCGCGCUUCCUCUCCUCACCCGACUCCUACCGCUGCAUCACCCGCAUGCCCUCCCUCGAGCCCUCCUCCCCCUCUUCCCCCUCCAACCACGGCCCAGGUGCCUCAAGAGGCGCCAUCCUCUCGGUGCACUCAUGGGCGGGUUCUAACCUGGGCGCCACCCAGCCCUCCCUCUCCGCCUCCUCCUCCUCGCUCUUCUCCUGCAACCCUCUCUCCUCCUCCCACUCACUCCUCCUCGUCGCCUCACUGCACGGCGGCAUCACCCUGUGGGACAUGCGAGCCGCCCGCCCCGCCUUCUCGCUGCACCUGCACGCAUCCCUAGGAGCGCCCACCCACGUGCUGCCCGACCCACAGCACGGCCUGUGGCUGCUGGGCGCGUCCUCCUGCUCCGCGCUCUGCCUCUGGGACCUGCGCUUCCUGCUUCCCCUCUCCUCCUGGCGCCUCCCCUCCGCCCCCUCCGCGCCCCACCCGCCCCCCAUCACUGCGCUGGCGCCCAUGCUGCCAGCGGCCUUCCCCCCCCCAGGGGACGCCAUGGGGGCAGCGGCAGCAGGGGGACCGGAGCACCUGCCAGGAUGGUUUGGGGCGGACCGGGGGAGGGGAGGCACGGGGGGAGGGGCAGUGGGGGCGGCAGGGGGUGGGGCAGCAGCAGCAGGUGCAGCAGGAGCAGUAGGGGGGGCGUCGCGGCCUCUGGUGUAUGUGGCAAGUGGCAGGGACGAGGUGGGGCUGUGGAGUGCAGACACGGGGCAGUGCCACCAGGUCUUCUCCGUGGCCCCCCAGCCCUCCUCCAACACCGCUUCCCCACCCUCGCUGCCCUCGCCCUCCAACCUCCCCACCGCUCUGCAAUCCCGCGCACACCUGCUGCCACUGCCGCCCUUCUCCACCAGCACCACCACGCCCUCCGGCCGCACGCUCUCCUCCUCGCCCUGCUUGCCCAACGGCCCUCUGCCCCAGUCAACGCAGUCAGCGCAGUCAAGCGGGGCAAGUGGGGCAAGGCAGGCAAGGCAGUCAGCGCUGCGGGUGGAGCAGCUGAAGGAGCCACCGGGCAGGGCGGGGGGGGUGAGGGCGCUGCUGGGAGUGCCAGGGGGUGGUGCGCUGCUCACAGCCGGCACUGACUGCUGCAUCCGCUACUGGUGCCGCCUCAGGCCGGAGCAGAGUGGGUGGGUGAGCGGGCCCACGGCCAGGGGGGCGCGGGGAGAGGUGCUGCACCCGCGCUACGACAUGCGCAUCGUGCACGGCGCGAGAGUCAUUCAGGAGACACCGCCCCCCUUCUACGUGGACGCGACGCGCCAGCGAGGCAGCGGUACGGGCGCCUCCACUGCAGAGGCAGGCGGGCGGGCAGCAGCAGGCAGUCAGGGGCACGCAGAUACAGGCCCGGGCGGGGCAGCGGGAGGAGGAGGUGGAGGGGCAGGGGGAGGGGGGCGGCGCAGCAUGGUGGAGGUGGCGGCGGUGGAUGUGGGGGGGUGCCACCGCGAUGCCGUGCUGGCUCUGGCCGUGGCGGACCCGGGGCAGCGCCUGCUGCUCUCCGCCAGCCGUGACGGCGUCGUCAACGUCUGGCGCUAA